GGCGUGGUGCUGGAUACCGACCCCCUCGCGUGCCGUGCCGGCCUCCAUAGUGCCAGGACGGCAACGAUGAACGAGGGAGGAGACAUGAAGAUCUACUGCCCGAUCUGCAACUGGGUGAUGAUCAGCCUGCCCGCCCUGGAGGACCACAUGAAGCGGCACAGGGGCCGGACCGAGUCCGUGCUGUACCGGUGCCCCCACUGCCCGUACAGCACGGACAAAGCGGCCACUCUGAUCGGCCACCAGAGGAGCCACGCCGACGAGAAGCCCUACAAGUGCUGGGUGUGCGAUGAAGUUUUCGCGAAUUCGGGAGACUUCUGCUCCCAUCAGAGAGUGCACAUGAGGCCCUUCGCGUGCCCCAAGAGCGGGAAGGCCUCCUCCGGGUCAGGGAGCCUCCGGGCGCGCGGGCAGGCCCUCACUGGCUCGAGCGCGUCGACACCGCCGGCCCAUCCCCCCUUCCUCCGCCGCCGCGCGCGCGGGAGGGCCGGGCUCCGCGAGGGCGUGACUGCCGCUGGGCAGGUCGUGGCGAGCCUCGGGGGCGAGGGUCCCGCGGAGACCCCCUCGGCGACCCCCUCGGCGACCCCUUCGGCGACCCCCUCGUCAACCCCCUUGGCAUCGCUGACAUCAGAACACGGAGAGACCCUCAGCUUCGAGACGUGGCCGGGGGUGAAGGUGGAAUGCGACAGUGAAGAUCCUUCCACCACCCUGCCGAUCGUGAAGCGGGAGCGCGGAGGGAUCGCCAGCUCUGAGGCGUGGCCAGAGGUGAAGGUAGAAUGUGGGGGCAGGGAAUCUUCCUUUAAGUGCUGGGUGUGCGAUGAAGUUUUCGCGAAUUCUGGAGACUUGUGCUCCCAUCAGAGUGUGCACAUGAAGCCGGCGCAAAGCGGGAAGGCAUUGGCUCCACCGCCAGGAGACGUCUCACCGGACGAGAGUAACCACGCGGGCGAGAAGCCCUACCGCUGCAACGUCUGCGGGGAGGAGUUCACUCAGUCGCACCACCUCCUCAACCACCAGAGGAUGCACACGAGGAGGAAGCCGUACGCGUGCACCGUGUGCGGCAAGACGUUCGCUCACUCGGCCGUCCUCGUCGCCCAUAAGCGGGUCCACACGGGCCAAAAGCCGUACAGGUGCGCCACGUGCGGCAAGGCAUUCAAACAGUCGGGGACGCUCUUCAACCACGAGAAGACCCACGCGGAAGAGAAGCCCUACGGGUGCGCUGUGUGCGGGAAGCGAUUCGCACAGUCGAAGGGCCUCGUCAGACACGCGAGGACCCACACGGGCGAGAGGCCCUACAGGUGCGCCACGUGCGGCAAGUCCUUCGCCCAGUCGGACACCCUGCGCAUCCACAAGCGCACCCACACGGGCGAGAGGCCGUACGCGUGCGACGUGUGCGGCAGGUCGUUCACGCACGUGGGCACCCUCCACGUGCACAAGAGGACGCACGUGCGCGGGAGGCCCUUCGCGUGUCCCACGCGCGGGAAGGCCUCCUCAGGGUCGGGGAGCCUCCGGGGGUGCCGGCAGGCCCGCGCGGGUUCGAGCGCGUCGACGCCGCCGGCCCGUCCCCCCCUCCUCCGCCGCAGCGCCCGCGGGAGAGCCGGGCUCCAUGAGGGCGUGACUGCCGCUGGACAGGUCGUGGCGAGCCUCGGGGGCGAGGGUCCCGCAGCGACCCCCUCGGCGACCCCUUCGACGACCCCUUCAGCGACCCCUAGGGCGUCGCUAACAUCAGAACACAGAGAGAUCCUCAGCUUUAAGACGUGGCCGGGGGUGAAGGUGGAAUGCAACGGUGAAGAUCCUUCCACCACCCUGCCGAUCGUGAAGCGGGAGCGCGGAGGGAUCGCCAGCUCUGAGGCGUGGCCAGAGGUGAAGGUAGAAUGUGGGGGCAGGGAAUCUUCCUUUAAGUGCUGGGUGUGCGAUGAAGUUUUCGCGAAUUCUGGAGACUUGUGCUCCCAUCAGAGUGUGCACAUGAAGCCGGCGCAAAGCGGGAAGGCAUUCGCCCCACCACCAGGAGACGUCUCAUCGGACAAGAGGAACCACUCGGGCGAGAAGCCCUACUGCUGCAACAUCUGUGGAGAGGACUUCACUCAGUCGCACCACCUCCUCAACCACCAAAGGAUCCACACGAGCAAGAAGCCGUACGCGUGCACCGUGUGCGGCAAGACGUUCGCUCACUCGGCCGUCUUCGUCGCCCACAAGCGAGUCCACACGGGCCAAAAGCCGUACAGGUGCGCCACGUGCGGCAAGGCAUUCAAGCAGUCGGGGACGCUCUUCAACCACGAGAAGACCCACGCGGAAGAGAAGCCCUACGGGUGCGCGGUGUGCGGGAAGCGAUUCGCCCAGUCGAAGGGCCUCGUCAUACACACGAGGACCCACACGGGCGAGAAGCCCUACAAGUGCGCCACGUGCGGCAAGUCCUUCGCCCAGUCGGGCACCCUGGGCAUCCACAAGCGCACCCACACGGGCGAGAAGCCGUACGCGUGCGACGUGUGCGGCAGCUCGUUCACGCACUUGGGCACCCUCCACGUGCACAAGAGGACGCACGCGGGCGGGAAGGCCUCCUCCGGGUCGGGGAGCUUCCGGGCGCGCCGGCAGUCCCGCGCAGGCUCAAGCGCGUCGACGCCGCCGGCCCGUCCCCCCCUCCUCCGCCGCUGUGCCCGCAGGAGGGCCGGGCUUCACGAGGGCGUGACUGCCGCUGGGGAGGUCGUGGCGAGCCUCGGGGGCGAGGGUCCCGCGGCGACCCCCUCGGCCACCCCUUUGGCGACCCCCUCGGCAUCCCCCUCGGCAUCGCUAACAUCAGAACACGGAGAGACCCUCAGCUUCGAGACGUGGCCGGGGGUGAAGGUGAAAUACGACGGUGAAGAUCCUUCCGCCUCCCUACCGAUCGUGAAACGGGAGCGCGGAGGGAUCGCCAGCUUCGAGACGUGGCCGGGGGUGAAGGUGGAAUGUGGUGGGGAGGAUUCUUUCAUUCCCCUCUCGAUCGUGAAGCAUGAAGGGGAAGAAAACCUCGGCUGUGAGACGCUGCUGGGGUGCCGUUCUGGCCUUCGUAGGUGCUCGCUAACAGCACUUGCCCCAACAGUCUGUGCCAGGACGGCAACGAUGAACGAGGGAGGAGAGAUGAAGAUCUACUGCCCGAUCUGCAACUGGGUGGUGAUCAGCCUGCCCGCCCUGGAGGACCACAUGAAGCAGCACAGGCGCCGGACCGAGUCCGUGCUGUACCAGUGCCCCCACUGCCCGUACAGCACGGACAAAGCGGCCACGCUGAUCGGCCACCAGAGGAGCCACGCCGACGAGAAGCCCUACAAGUGCUGGGUGUGCGAUGAAGUUUUCGCGAAUUCGGGAGACUUCUGCUCCCAUCAGAGCGUGCACAUGAAGCGGGCGCGACGCGGGAAGGCGUUCGCCCCAUCACCAGCAGACGUCUCACCGGACGGGAGGAUCCGCGCAGACGAGAGGCCCUACCGCUGCAACGUCUGCGGAGAGGACUUCACUCAGUCGCACCACCUCCUCAACCACCAGAGGAUCCACACAAGCAAGAAGCCGUACGCGUGCACCGUGUGCGGCAAGACGUUCACUCACUCGGCCGUCCUCGUCGCCCACAAGCGGGUCCACACGGGCAAAAAGCCGUACAGGUGCGCCACGUGUGGCAAGGCAUUCAAGCAGUCGGGGACGCUCUUCAACCACGAGAAGACCCACGCGGAAGAGAAGCCCUACGGGUGCGCGGCGUGUGGGAAGCGAUUCGCCCAGUCGAGGGGCCUCGUCAUACACGCGAGGACCCACACGGGCGAGAGGCCCUACAGGUGCGCCACGUGCGGCAAGUCCUUCGCCCAGUCGGGCACCCUGGGCAUCCACAAGCGCACCCACACGGGCGAGAGGCCGUACGCGUGCGACGUGUGCGGCAGCUCGUUCACGCACUUGGGCACCCUCCACGUGCACAAGAGGACGCACGCGGGCGGGAGGCCCUUCGAGUGCCCCACGCGCGGGAAGGCCUCCUCCGGGUCGGGGAGUCUCCGGGCGCGCCAGCAGGCCAACACAGGUUCGAGCGCGUUGACGCCGCCGGCUCGUCCCCCCCUCCUCCGCCGCCGCGCCCGCGGGAGGGCUGGGCGUCACGAGGGCGUGACUGCCGCUGGGGAGGUCGUGGCGAGCCUCGGGGGCGAGGGUCCCGCGGUGACCCCCUCGGCGACCCCCUCAGCGACCCCCUCGGCGUCGCUGACAUCAGAACACGGAGAGACCCUCAGCUUCACGACGUGGCCGGGGGUGAAGGUGGAAUGCGACGGUGAAGAUCCUUCCGUCUCCCUACCGAUCGUGAAACGGGAGCGUGGAGGGAUCGCCGGCGUCGAGACGUGGCCAGGGGUGAAGGUAGAACUGGGGGGGGAGGAUUCUUCAGUUCCCCUCUCGAUCGUGAAGCAGGAACGGGAAGAAAGCCCCGGCUGUGAGACGCGGCUGGGGUGAAGGUGGCACACGGGAGGCCGAGUCUCUGCUUUGGGAACGGAUGGUGAGGUCUGCGUGGGAAGUUUUGUUUCAAAAAGGGUUGCCAUCCCAAGGUGGUGUUAACUAUUAGCUAGCCGUGAAAAGCAUUGUUCUGUCCCUUGAACCGCAUGACUAGAGACAGCUUUCUUUUGAGCCUAGUCUCAAACGGUGUCUCUGGUGUGGACCAAUCACUUUCAAAGACAAUGCAUAUGUUAUCAGAGUAUUUUUUUGUUUGCAUUCUGACCACAA